AUGAAGAGCUGGUGGAAGUGGAUACAGUCGAGACCAUCCAGUGGCCCUAGACGCUGCUGGCAGCAUGCUACAAGGGAUCUCAAAUCCGUAAGGUCGGCCAACAUGCAGCAUCCAUCCGCUGACAGAGCAACUCCCUCGGAGAGUUCGACGGCACGAACUGCAGACUACAGUGUGCCUGAGCAGAGCAAGGAGGUCUGGAAGCAUUUCGGCUGCGACACCGAGGCCGGGCGCAUGCUGAGGAAGCUGUAUAAAGGAGCCGGCAGCCGCGAACUGGGAUCGAAGAUCUCUUACCCUCAGCUGGCAACCCCAGCAACACGCUGGCAGCCCCCGCCAAAAGCAAAGCCGGCAGCUCCAAAGGCAGUAGUCCGUGUACCUCGGGCCGCAGCGCCGAGGCGAGACAUGGACGACCCAAGGCAAUGGCCUGCACCUCCCAUUCCUUGCAGGAGACCUGCUCGUGAGAUCUUCGCUGAGCUUGAGGCGGAGGAGGCGCGCAGACGCCGUGCUCAGCCCGACCUUCCAAAAGGCAAAGAUCUGGACCAUGAAAAGCAGAACCUGCAGGACCGAUUCCGCUACUGUGGUGGCCGAAUGCUGCCCAAGGGCAGCAUGGGUUAUGUGGAGCCUGGCAGCGUCCCGCCAACGGGCGGUGCUGCAGAGGCGGCGACGCGUCGCGAAGACCGGCGAAGGUUUGAUGAGAAUGGUUUCGACGGCGAACAGCGGGAUAUUUUUGAAGAUCUCGUGAGUGCCGUGCAGCGCAAGCAGGCUCGCCUCGCUGUCAUUGAUGACGAGCAGCUAGCGGAUCCCAAGCCCAGCAAGGCGAAGACAGCUCGGAACAAGGAGGCGUUGGAGCUUCGGAAUGGUAUCGAGCGUGAUCUCAAGGACAUUGAGACCCUCAUGAGCUUAGCCGAGGGGCAAGCACACAAGGCCAGGGCCCUGAGCUCCGGCGGCCAGGCACAGGUCCCGGUCCCUGCUCCAGCCGCCAGCUACGCGCCUACGGCACCAGCGGCCCCGACCCCCGUCUAUGGCGAUCCGGUGAAGGAGCGGGUCGAGCAGUUGCGAGCUCGACUACAGCAGAGCGGGUACUCCCUGGCACAAGGUUUUGCUUUCUUCGACCAAACCGGAGGUGGAACCUUGGACCGGGCAGGCUUCAUGAAGCUCUUGGAUUGG